AUGCGACACGCAACCUGUGUGCUGCCCCCCGUCAAGUCAACGCUGGCUUUCCUAAAAUACCUAUCGGCAUUGCCCAUCCGGCGCCUGAGGAUGGCAGAGUCCCUUGGCCAUCUUGUCGCGCAGGCUCCUUGCCCAUCGUCAUCCUCGUCGCUAGCGCCAUCCUCGUCAUCACAGAACAGUCAAGACAGCAGCCCCAAGAAUGAUUCACCAAAGAAUAUUGAAAAUGAUGCCGCUACUUCAUCGUCCAGUUCCGACAUCCUGAUCCUACCCCCGCCCAGAGUUGCGCAAUAUUAUUUCAAGGACGGCUUGCGCCGGGUUGUUCCCUACUUCUACACAUACAACACAUGGUGCAAAGAACGAUGGCGCGGCAGGAAACUGAUCGAUAUCUUCGAGGCCGAAUUCCGUGACAGACCUCUCGAGUACUAUCGGACUGCCAUGGAGACGGGGCACGUUCUCGUCAAUGGCAAGGUGGUGGGCCCGGACUACAUUAUGAAGAACGGCGACCUUGUCUCGCACACAACACAUCGCCACGAGCCCCCCGUCACCGCCGAACCGAUCCGCAUUAUUCACGAAGAUGAUGAUAUGGUAGUAAUCAACAAGCCAGCGGGCGUACCCGUUCACCCGGCGGGACGGUACCAUUACAAUUCUGUCGUUGAGAUUAUGAAAGCCGAGAGGCCACCCGGUUUUUCUCCGAAACCUUGCAAUAGGCUCGACAGGCUGACAAGUGGAAUCAUGUUCCUCGCUAAGACUGCGAAGGCUGCCGACCGCUUGGGCACUCAGAUUCUGCGUCGUACAGUCCGGAAGGAGUAUAUUGCUCGUGUUAUCGGCAAAUUUCCCGAUGGCGAAAUUGUCUGUGACCAGCCCAUUCUUCAAAUCUCACCGAAGCUAGGUCUCAACAGGGUGAGGGCCAACGGCAAGCCUGCGAGGACGGUGUUUAAACGUCUCGCUUAUUACCCUCCAGCCACAAACUCGAGCCCUGCGCAAGGUUCUGAUAGCUCGCUGAACAGUGGCGCACGAUUGGAGUCUGGGGUUAUGGAGCAAGGGUCCAAUUCUGACAAGCGCAGAAUAGACGAGGGGUAUUCAAUCGUCCGCUGCCUUCCUGUGACGGGACGGACACAUCAGAUUCGGGUGCAUCUGCAGUUCCUUGGUCAUCCGAUUCAAAAUGAUCCCAUUUACGCAAACCAGAAGGUCUGGGGCUUUGACUUGGGUUUUAACGAUGCGGAUGCAACCCAAAACAGCGACGAGGAUGUCAUAACGCGCCUUUCUCGCAUGGGCAAGGACCAAGUGGCUGAUGCCGUCGCCUACCACGACGAAAUGGUGGAUGAGUAUUACAAAAAAAGGGCGGAGAAGAUGUCUGGGGAAGUGUGCGAAAUCUGCAAAACUCCCUUGUAUACCGAUCCUGGAGAACAGGAACUCUCACUGUGGCUCCAUAGUCUUCGGUACGAGGAUAUCGAGGGUAAAUGGAGUUAUGUCAGCCCUUUGCCCUCUUGGGCAUUACCCCCUGAAGGGAAGAGCGGCCCAACUGAGGUCGGCGGACUGGAGGAUCUUGUGGUCGCAGCAGGGAACGAUAUCCCUGAUUAA